AUGCCUUGGACGAUCUGGCCCGCUCUGGUCGUGCUGUGGGGUGUCUGUUGGAUGUUCUAUGAAGAGCCUAAUAGGAACUCGGGAGACCAAGACGACAUUCCAACGACUAGCGAUACGACUGGCCUGUUCGAGGGCAUUGAUUCCAUCGAUCCAUUUCGAGGUGAUUGUCCCUCUUUCUUUUUAUCUACUAAGGCGUUAAAUACUCUUCCAGUCUUCGACUCCAAUAUUAGUGACAUUAGCUGGGACAUGUCUAUGUGGAGUGAGCCUCAAUUCAACCCACAAAAUCUCGAGCAGCAAUUACAAAUACAUGUACCUGAACCCGUUGCCAAUUGUGGUAUGAUGACAACCCUAGACUCUAUACCGACUUCAUCAGCGGUGGACUCUAUUGACACUAUCAACUCACUAGUCACCAACCAUGAAAAAUCUAGUGAGAUCGUUAUCACUCCUAGAUUCUCUUCGUGUCAAGCCACCAGCACAAUUCAGGAAAGUACGGAAAAUGAACGACUAGAAACAGUUGAGUCUGGAUAUCAUACACCACUCAGCACAUUUUUAGUCCACAAACUGGCUCAAGAUGAACAGACUAUUUCUUCUCAAAACUCCAAACACGGCCAAAGUGAGAAACAUUUCUGCACCUAUUCAGACUGCAACCGUUCCCAACCAGGUGCAGGCUUCUACCGUAAAGAUCACUUGGAUCAGCAUCUUCGUGGACUGCACAAGCAGAAAUUAGUACCCAGAAUACGUGUAAAGUCGGCGGCUGCAUCGAGCACUUGCAAACUCACCACCACAAGUGAAACCACAGGAGCUAUUGUACAAUCUGGGAAGCGCAAGCGCGAAAGCGAAGGGGAACUCAGCUGCCACGGCGGAGAUGGGCUCUUCGAGGAGCUCACAAAAGAGCGGAGAUUGCGGCUACUAGCGGAGCAAGAAAAUCAGCGGUUGCAUCAGAAAGUGGAGAAUUAUGAAGGGCGUAUGCAAAAAUAUGAGGAAAGAUUGGACAGGAUGAUGGCUCUUAUUGAAGAGCACAAAGGGGCGAAAGAGAGAUGA